CGGCAGAGCGGCGGCGGCGGCAGCGGCGCGGGGAGGAGCCACGGGCGGCCGAUUCGGGCCGUGGCCCCGGCGCGGCGGGGAGAGGCCGGCGCGGAGGAGAAGGGGGUGGCUGCCGCGGCGGCCAAUGCGAAACUGGCUGGUGCUGCUGGGCCCCUGUGCGCUCGGGGUCGCGCUGCACCUCUGGCUGCUGCUCAGCUGCCCCGGCGGCCCCGGGAGGCACCCGGCAGGUCCAUUGGCCUUCUUUCCUCAGUGGAAGCUGAAACAUUAUGAUGUUAUUGUAGGUGUUUUGUCAGCUCGACACAAUCAUGAACUGCGCAAUGUCAUAAGGAGCACUUGGUUCAAGCAUCUGAAAGAACAUCCUGGGCUGAGCCAACGUGUCCUUGUGAAGUUUAUAAUAGGUGCUCAUGGUUGUGCUGUGCCAGUGGAGGACAGAGAAGACCCCUACUCCUGCAAACUUCUGAACAUCAGCAACCCAGUUUUGAAUCAGGAAAUUGAAGCAUUCAGUCUCCCUGAGGAUGAACCUUCUGUGCUACUGGAAGACAGAGUUGUCAGUGUGAACUUUCGUGUACUCUACCCCAUUGUCAUUACCAGUCUUGGGGUAUUUUAUGAAGCUGAUGGGGUGGGAUUUCAGAGAAACAUCACUGUAAAACUGUACCAGGCAGAACACGAGGAAGCUCUCUUCAGUGCUCGCUUCAGUCCACCGAGCUCUGGAGUGCAAGUGAACAGAUUGUGGUACAAGCCAGUGGAGCAGUUCAUUUUGCCAGAGAGUUUUGAAGGUACCAUUGUGUGGGAAAGCCAGGAUCUUCAGGGUCUUGUUUCCAGAAACCUUCAUAAAGUGAUGGUGAAUGAUGGAGGGGGUGUUUUCAGAGUCAUUACAGCAGGGGAAGGGUCACUGCCACAUGAAUUCACAGAAGGUGUGGAAGGAAUAGCAGGUGGUUUUAUCUACACUAUUCAAGAAGGUGAUGCUCUGUUAAAAAGCCUCCAUACUCGCCCAGAAAGGUUUGCAAGUCACAUAAAAAGUCUUGAAAAAGAAGAUGCUUUAUUAAAGGAAGAAAGCAGUACCUAUGGUGAUAUUGUCUUUGUAGAUGUUACUGACACUUACAGAACUGUUCCAGCCAAACUGCUGAACUUCUACAGGUGGACAGUUGAAUCAACAAGUUUUGAUUUGCUGCUGAAGACAGAUGAUGAUUGUUACAUUGAUUUGGAGGCUGUUUUUAACAGAAUAAUGCAGAAGAAAUUGGACAGGCCAAACAUCUGGUGGGGAAAUUUCAGACUAAACUGGGCAGUUGAUCGCACUGGGAAAUGGCAAGAGCUGGAGUACCCAAGUCCUGCAUAUCCAGCCUUUGCCUGUGGGUCUGGCUAUGUCAUCUCUAAAGACAUUGUUCAGUGGCUGGCAAGCAACUCUGACAGAUUAAAGACAUACCAGGGUGAAGAUGUGAGUAUGGGCAUCUGGAUGGCAGCUGUAGGACCCAAGCGCUAUCAAGACAGUCUCUGGUUGUGUGAGAAGACCUGUGAGAGUGGGAUGUUGUCUUCCCCCCAGUAUUCUCCACAGGAACUGAAAGAGCUCUGGAGAUUAAAGGAACUGUGUGGAGAUCCUUGUAGGUGUGAGGAAAGAUGAUGGACUUGUCUUGGAAAACAGGGUAGCAUAUAAUGAUCAUGGAAAAUUGUAUAUUUGGAUUCAUUCUUGGAACAAUAAGGAAUAUUAAGGUAUCUUUUAAAUGUUGGAUUUCAACUAAAGUAUAACAAUAUUUGCACAUCCCUUUUGAUAAUUACAAGUGGACUGAUACCAUUCUUUUUCUAUAGUAUAAUGUUGAUCUGACAAAUACCAAAAUGUUUAAGAUAAAAAAAAUUUCCUUUUUAUAUGAAGUCAAAGACCUACUUGUAAUUAAUAAAUGCACAUAAGAAUGCCAACUGGCCUGGUUUUUGUAAACUAAAGUACUACUGAUUUAACUCAGUCUAGAGCUGUACCAGGAUCCAGUGCAGAGCUGUGCUCAGCACCUGGGGCUCUGGUAAAUCUUGCUGCAGCAAAUCUGUGCUGUUUGAGGGACUGUCCUCAUCUGUGCAGGGGCUGGGACUACUAGGGGUUAGGAUUUAUGUUUAAUUUCUUUAUACUAUCAUCAGUUUAGUUAAAAACAAUAUCAAAGUUUGCUUAUACCAAAUCUUGAACUACUGCAAACUUGGAGGAAUUUCUGAUAGCUCAAUGUAUUCUAUUAGGUAGGAAUUUACAUAGGAAUCAGAGGGCACACAAGAGGAAGGAAGUGAAGCAAGAUUGAGCAACAGCACACUGAAGAAUGUAAAACAAAUAGCAAUGCCUUGCAGGAUGCUGAGAACUUAUUUAUACUGUGGUAUGUUAAUGCUGUAGGGUAGAAUAAGGGUUUGACAGAUUUUGACCUUAAAUAGUCUAAGGCUGUGUAGAUACUUCUACAAUCACUGCUGUCUUUCUUUUGUUUGCUUUAAGGUUUUUGGAAGUAGAUGGAAAGGAGAAGAGCAGGGAGCCUCUUUCAGUGCAGCACUGAUUUAAAAGCAAAGAGAUCUCAAUGACACAUGUGCUAAGCUCAGUAAAACAAAUUCUCACCACUCCAGUGGAAAGGUAAUACAAAAUCUUGGUAAAAGGGUUACCUUGAGUUUUAUUUAAUUGAACCAUUUACACACUAGCUGGUAUCUCUCCAAGAAGACAAUUCAGCCAAAGGCAAAUCCUGUCAUGGAGACUGAUGGCUACAUUUAGGAGCUUCAAACUUUACUGUGUAUCUCUCUGGUGCCAGGCAUGAAAGUCAUGUUCUCCUAGAGGUGUGUUGAGGCACAGGCUGUCCACACUGCCUGGGAGCACUCUGUAACUCUCCUGUGGUUGCAGUGUUGGCUUUCCCUCAGCCUCCCAAAUCCCUUCUUACCACCUUACUAACACACAGUCUCCGUUUUCUAUUGAGUAAAACUGCAGAGGCUUUAAGUCGUUGUCAAGUUCAACUUCUUUUCCUUCCAACUAGAAUAAAAAAGAAAGAGAAAAAAAAAAAAACAAACACCUGGAUCAGACUUUAACUGAAAAUCUGCUCAUGUAAACCAAAUAUAGCUCAGGCAGUUGUAAUCAGGGGGGAUCUGUCAUAUUUCAGGAAUGAAAUUAGGUCCUAAAUUGCAGCAUGAAGACUGCCCUCCUUAACUGAAACCAAUCUCAUUAGGUAGUAUUUGAGAACAUGUUGUUGACCUUUAGCAGCAUGCAGUAUUUUAUUGCUGAAUUACCCAUUUUUAACUCACUUUAGAACUUUCAUAGGAGAGUUUCAGUUCUGAACCAGGGAUUUUCAGGAGGCGAUACAGCAAUCCUUUGACCCUCUGAAUAGUCAUAGACUCUGCCAAGGGGAAAAAAAAAAUAAAAUUAGAAAACUGCUGCUACCACUGAGCUGUAGCAAAGUUCUGAGUGUUUCAACUGCACUUGGCUUAUAGCAACAGUGAAAGGCUGUAAUGCUGCUUCAGUUCUAACACUGCAAUAACAUCUGUUGUACCUGAAACUGUAACUGCUGAUAUCACAUUGGAAAUGGAUAAAUCCCUGGUGGAUAGGGCAGGAUAUGCUCCUACAGGUUAAGUGCUUUGAUCCCAUAAACCAAAUUGAAGUCUUGCAGGCAUCAUCAUUGACCUUUGUGGGGGUUGUAUUUACUACAUGCUAAACUAAGUGACCUUUGAGACAUCCCAGUCAGGUUCUGACUCCUUGGAUCUGGCAACUGUUCCUUGAAGUUCCAAUUACCAGGAAUUGGCUUUCCCAGCACAGAUGGAGUGUUUGUCACUGUAGGACUAGUUUCAUUCUUAGAAAUGGUUUUACAUUAAUUAGUCCCAAACAAAACUGUCAGCAGAGUUGCAGAGUGGUUUAUAUUAUGAAGUCAGUUAGAGGAAGGGAUUAUUUUUUUGUAAUGGAUCUUGAAUGAGUAAAUGUAGUUUGUUCCAGAGGUGAUACCUGCAUUUGCAAUAGAUAUACUCAGUAUUUUGGUUGAACUUUCACUUCUUUUGAAGCUUUAUUCUAAAGGCACAGCAAUAGUGAGUUAUUCCUGUAAUACCACACAUUGUACUUAGACAAAUAUUUUUCUAUCAAACAUUUUUGUAAAAGCUGUAUCUAUCUGAUUUUAUGCAACUUGUGAUAAUAAAUGUGAUUUUUAUUUUAGAAUAAAGCUUGGGUAAGUUGUUU